CGCUUCUCCAACACCGAGCCUAAUUACCCAUUCGCGGAUGCGACCUUCCACUGCGUGCGGUCAUGCCAGUCGUUGGCGUUCCUCGACCAUGACCAUGAGAGGCCUACAAACAGCUGAAACACCAUGACCUCUCCCGCCAAUUCGAUACCAGAUUCUCAAUUGGGUCUCACAGGCGCAGAGAUCCAAACGCUGCGCCAACAGCAAGCCAUCGCACUAUCUCAAGCCGGUGCUUCUUCCUCACGCGCUGCUAGCAAUGCAUCAAGUCAAGGACGACUGCUUCUGGAUCCAUCCAGCUUGGCUCAACUCUCUGCGCACUUCGAUCGUUUACUGCACGCCAUAACGUCGCGAUGGCACUAUCUCAACGCCCAAGCCGCACAGUUCACCAACAUGCAGCAUGACCGCGCAGGCACGUUGAUUGGCAAUGCCGAUGCAGAAAUUGCCCGUUUCCACGAGAUCAUCCGGCAGACCAACGAGCUCCAGGUUGAAUUUGACAAGAUUCGCCGUAUUGGAGAGAUUGUGAAAGGCUUCCGUGCACGCGUGGAAGCACUUGAUCGAAGGAUAUGAAUACACCAAUCAUUCACGUCUACACCUCACGAAGUCACGAAAACGCACAUACUGUUCGCGAGGACGCAACUGUAAAGAUCACAGACCUCACGGUCGAGAAAAUAAAUUAAGGGCAAGAUAAGCAGAUACGUCAUAGUAUUCGGAUUUAUAUAGACUGAUCAAUUUUCUGCGCCCCAUGUAUCCGAACUACGCGGCACAUCCAACACGAACCAUA